CCUCACACUAGAACAAGAAAUGGUCCAUCUCGCACCAGAGCAACACGUCCGCGCAAUCCUCCUCGCCCUUCUCGACGACCGCUCCGUCAAAGCCCGCGCCCUAAACCACUACCGCGCCCUCAAAGCCGCUGACAAUCCAGUGACCGGCCUCAAGCGCAAAGCCAUGAACGACUUGUUUGUCUGUGUUCAGUGUGACCAGGCGUUUACGCACGAAGAUAACACUGAGACGUCGUGUCGUUACCAUCCAGGGGAACUUGAAGUUGACGACACAGAGGAUUUCUGGGCGGAUCAUGAUGAGGAUUGUCAUGGGGAGAUUGAUACGCCUGAGAUGAGAGAGGAGAUGCCUGAUGGAUUCCGAUGGACAUGUUGCGACAAAUUAGGUGGACGAAAAGGUUGUACCAAGGGAAAACAUCAAGCUGAUCCGGCAAAGUCGCAGAGAGGUGGAAAUGUCCCGUCUGGCGGUGACCUGAGGAAGAACAAUGGCGAACAUUUACCUGUUUCAGAUGAGGACAGUGAAGAGGAAGAAGAAGACGACGAGGAAUAUUGAUUCAAUCCAAUUGUAUAAUUCGAAAAUAAAUCUACAUCUCUAACAUCCAAGCAAGUAUAUCUUCAGUCUUAAAACCGUGUCAUUCAAUACGUAAACGAGAUCCCCAAACUCCCAACCUAUGGAUGAUUGAUAUUGCACAACGCGAUAUUGCCACAACAUCUCCUCACGAAAUGAACAAAGAUACACACAGAGAGAGAUUAUAAAUACCAAGAGACAAGAGCCCUGCUGAAUCAUACAUAGCCCCUGGCCUUUGACAAAUAUUACAUGGCAUAAAAUGUUGCAGAUAGUCUUGAGUCCUAAAAUGACCCGGGCUGUAUCGUUAGCCGUGCCAAUCACCCGGUACUCCUUGCGCCUGAAUGCACUUCAAAUAAUCUGUUUCCUCCUCUGCCAUGCCGAAUAAAUGUGCCCCCGUGACGAUAUCUGGUGUCACUAUCAUCCUCCGUCUUUCCAAGAACAAAAGUCAAUGUGAAACUGUCACACCCCAGGCCCGUGGUCUUUAAGUCAUCUAUGUUGUUCAAACAUAAAAGGAAGCUCUGAAGAGUGCCGCCGCAGAGGUGUUGGUCUUGGCGACACUGUACCAUCGAGGCUAAAACGCUUGGGUGUUGUUGUUCCUGAACCAUCGGCUGAGUCUAUAUCAUUGGGCUCCUAUACCCCCAUGACAGGAACCUUCUUGUUUCGCUUGCCCAGAAGGGUAGCGUUGUCCAGGUUGAGCUCGAAUGCUCCUCGCUGGCGAUUGCGCUCACGGACCUGCUGUCGAGCGGCCGCGGCGACUGUUGCCGAAUGUUGGCCGUAACCUCUUUCAGCACGCUCCCGCUCACGACCCCGAGAUUGUUGCUGUUGCUCUUGAUCUCGGAUGUUGGCCUUUCGCAUACUUUGCUCAAGGGCCUGAGUCGCUGCGUUAGGCUUGGCAGCGGUGUUAUCUUGACCAUCGAUCUGCAUGACAUCAUCGUCUUCAUCUUCCUCGUUGAGGCCUCCGAGGAAGCGCGCUGGUGUGCCCUUGGGGCCGAUCUGCGCUCUUCGCUUGCCCUCUUCCUCCUGACGAUGAACAGCAUAACCGACAUCAAAGACCUCACGCAGGUUCACAGCGCCAGGAGAUCGGAAGUCGUAUCGCUUGCCAGACUCUUCGAAUUUCGUAGCAUCAAAGGCCCGGAGCAUGCCAUCAGACUUCUUCAUCUCAUCUCGAGGAGUAGGUCCGUUUCCGGCGAUCCAUGGGUGAGCGAGGAACUCGGUAAUCGUAAAUCGCUUCUCAGGAUCCACAGUCAAGAGAUGGCUGAUAAGAUCCUGGGCAGACUUUGAGAUCUCGUCCCACCAUGGCGACAAGAAAGUGUACUGGCCCUUGGCGACUUUUUCAGUAAGCACCUCGAUACUCUCAUCAUAGAAUGGUGGGAAACCGCAAAGCAGAGUGUAUAGCACACAUCCUAGAGCCCACAUAUCGACUGACUUGGAGUAUCGCUCGUCCUUUACGAUCUCGGGUGCUGUGUAGCCAACAGUUCCACAGGGCGUCAUGGUCUGGUUAUCCCAGACAAUCUUGGAGAGACCGAAAUCGGCGAUCUUGAUGCGACCAAUACCACCGGCACCUUGGCCGGGAAUGAACUCGCCCUCGUCAACCUUGUCCUCAUCGCCAGGCUGUUUGGGUUUCGGGUGCUUAGAAGGCACCAUAGGAAUGGGCUCAAACAGAAUGUUCUCGGGCUUGAUGUCACUGGUAGGGAUGUUAGUGAUGAUUCCAAGGCCGUGCAGAGGCGAAUGACGUCAGGAGGGGCAUCACCACUUCUGACAUCAAGCGGCCCAAAAAGAGUCAUGACAUACCGAU